UCGUCUCGGGUUAAAUGCGCGCCUCCGGGCACAGUGCGCGCGCGCGCAUGGCCCGCCCCCUUGCCCGGAGCCGCGGCGCCCAUGCUGCCUGCACGCCUCGCCCGCAGGCUGCUGUGCCCUUUCCUGCGGGGAUCCGCUCCCGCGGUAGCGCGCCAUGGCCUGUGGGAGCCGCUCCUGGCGGGGAGACGCGCGGCCGACUCCUCAUUCCAGCACUCUUCGGACCUGGGACGCGAGCUUCCUCGUGGCCCCGCGGAGACCGGGGGCUAUGGAGGAAGCCCUGACAUGCAGGAGCGUUUUCUGUUCCCCGAGUACGUCCCGGAGCCAGAGCCCGCGCCCACCCCCGAAGAGCUGCUGGGAGAACUGCAGCAGCGGCAGGAGGAGGAGGAGCGACAGACUGAACAGCGGCGGCAGAAGAGGCGACAGCGGAAGUCACGAGCCAGCCGCCUGGCGCACCCCGUGGUGGGGCACCCGGACUCGACGGUGCCGCCCAGCGGCCUGAACUGCUCGGGCUGCGGGGCAGAGCUGCACUGCCGGGACCCCGGCGUGCCCGGCUACCUGCCCAGCGAGAAGUUCCUCAGCGCCGCGCAGGCGGAUGGCGGGCUGGCGCGGACCGUGUGCCAGCGCUGCUGGCUCCUGGUGCACCACCGGCGCGCCCUGCGUCUGCAGGUGAGCCGCGAACAGUACUUGCAGCUGGUGAGCGCCGCGCUGCACCGGCCCGGGCCCGCGCUGGUGCUCUACAUGGUGGACCUGCUCGACCUGCCCGACGGCCUGCUGUCCGACUUGCCGGCACUGGUAGGCCCCAAGCAGCUGAUCGUGCUGGGAAACAAACUGGACCUCCUGCCCCAGGAUACUCCUGGCUACCGGCAGCGGCUCCGAGAGCGGCUGUGGGACGACUGUGCCCGCGCCGGGCUCCUGCUGGCCCCUGGCCACCAAGGGCCACAGCGUCCCGGCCUGGACGGGCCACCGGACGGGGAGGAGAAUUCGAAUGCGUCCAGCAGGUCCCGCACGGUGGUCCGGGACGUGCGUCUGAUCAGCGCCAAGACUGGCUAUGGAGUGGAAGAGUUGAUCUCGGCACUUCAGCGCUCCUGGCGCUACCGUGGAGACGUCUACCUGGUGGGCGCCACAAACGCUGGCAAGUCGACUCUCUUUAACACGCUACUGGAGUCUGACUACUGCACCGCCAAGGGCGCUGAGGCCAUCGACAGGGCCACCAUCUCCUCUUGGCCAGGUACUACAUUAAACCUUCUGAAGUUUCCUAUUUGCAACCCAACUCCUUAUAGAAUGUUUGAAAGGCAAAAAAGACUUAAACAAGAUGCAGCUAAAGCUGAAGAAGAUCUUAGUGAGCAAGAACAACAUCAACUUAAUGUCUUGAAAAAGCAUGGUUAUGUAGUAGGAAGAGUUGGAAGAACAUUCUUGUAUUCAAAAGAACAAAAGGAUGAAGCUACCUUUGAGUUUGAUGCUGAUUCACUUGCCUUUGACAUGGAAAAUGAACCUGUUAUGAGUGUACCCAAACCUACCAAAAAAGUAGAAUUGACUGCACAAGAUGUGAGAGAUGCCCACUGGUUUUAUGACACCCCCGGGAUUACAAAAGAAAACUGUAUUUUAAAUCUUCUAACAGAAAAAGAAGUAAACAUGGUUUUGCCAACACUUUCCAUCGUUCCAAGAACUUUUGUCCUUAAACCAGGAAUGGUUCUAUUUUUGGGUGCUAUAGGCCGCAUAGAUUUCCUGCAGGGAAACCAGUCAGCUUGGUUUACAGUUGUGGCUUCCAACCUCCUGCCCGUGCAUAUUACUUCCUUGGACAGGGCAGAUGUCGUGUAUCAGAAGCACGCGGGUCAUACGUUACUCCAGGUUCCAAUGGGUGGAAAAGAACGAAUGGCAGAAUUUCCUUCUCUUGUUGCUGAAGACAUUAUAUUAAAAGAAGGACUUGGAGAAUCUGAAGCAGUUGCGGACAUCAAGUUCUCCUCUGCAGGUUGGGUUGCAGUAACACCUCAUGCUAAGGACAGACUGCAUCUCCGAGGCUAUACACCUCAAGGAACAGUUCUAACGGUCCGGCCCCCUCUCUUGCCACAUAUCGUGAACAUCAAAGGACAGCGCAUCAAGAGAAGUGUGGCCUAUAAAACCAAGAAGCCUCCUUCCCUUGUGUAUAAUCUGCGGAAGAAGAAAGGAUGAGGCUGGCUUUGUUCACGCUGGAUAUUAACUAUAUUGAACAUAACAAAUAUACGUUGAAAUUGUAUUAUUAAUAAAUAUACCUAUAAUAAAGUUCCCC